AUGGCCGACCACCAUGACGAUGAGCUCGCUUCCACCACCACUGAGGGUUUCAAGGUCGGAGAGAAGAAGACACUUGAUGAGUACAAUGAGCUCGACAAGGACGAUGAAGCUAUGAACCGUUGGAAGGCUUCUUUGGGUCUCAACUCCGGUGAGCCCAUUGCCGAUCCCAAUGAUCCUCGCAAGUGUAUCAUCAAGUCCUUGGCCCUGCAGGUCGACGGGCGUGAGGAUGUUAUUAUCGACCUGUCCUCCCCGGGCUCAGUUGACAGCCUUAAGGAUAAGCCUUUCAAGAUCAAGGAGGGCUCCAAGUUCCACAUCAAGGUUACCUUCCAGGUCCACCACGAAGUCCUGAGUGGUCUCAAGUACCUGCAGGUCGUCAAGCGUAAGGGAAUCCGGGUCAGCAAGGAUGAAGAGAUGCUGGGCAGCUACGCGCCCAACACCACCAGCAAGGUUGACUACUCCAAGGAAUUCAACGAGGAGGAGGCCCCGUCUGGCAUGAUCGCCCGUGGCCACUACAACGCCGUCUCAAAGUUCAUUGAUGAUGACCAGCACACUCACCUGCUGUUCGAGUGGUCUUUUGACAUUGGCAAGGACUGGUAAACAUGGGUUGAGAGAGCUAUCUCGUUGUUAUUGAGCGGCCGUUUGUUUUCAAAGCGUGAUGAGUUUCUUUCUUUGACAAAACUGUUAGAGAUGUGUCCCACUGGGGCUGAUGCUUUGGAUUCCUGUUUUAUUGUUUAUGCGUCAUACUAAGUCUCACUUAUUGGUGUAUGAUAUU